GUUCAUGUGGCCGCUCUGGUGAACAGUGUGUUGACCAUGGAUGUGCUGAAUGGAUCCUCUUCAGUUCCAUCAAACUCAACCAAAAUCUGCAUCCUUCCAUUUGAAAAUGACCAAAUUCCUCUCCUGGUUUUGUACAGCAUUGUUCUCAUCGUGGGUUUACCUGCCAACAUAAUCACAGUCUACCUCACUUUUCUCCAAGUGAGGCAGAAGAAUGUGUUGGGCGUUUUCCUUCUGAGUCUGACUGCAUGUGACCUGAUGUAUCUAGGCACACUACCUUUAUGGGCUAUUUAUGUAAACAGUGGUCAUCGCUGGCACUUUAGCUCUUUGGCUUGUAAAGUCACAGGUUACAUCUUCUUCAACAAUAUGUACAUCAGCAUCUUUCUCUUGUGCUGUGUGUCUGUGGACCGUUACCUGGCUGUGGUGUAUUCAGUGGAAUCUCGAGGUCUGAGGCAGAGAAAACGAGCUGUGAUGGUCAGUUUCAUAAUUGUGAUGGUAGUGGCACUGGGCCAUAUGCCAGUGUUUACUAUGACAGAAGGUGAAACUGAGAACACAGAUGAGAAACGUUGCUUUGAGCCCAGGCACAACACAUUUACCUUGACUGGAUUCAACUACGCUCGCUUUGUUGUUGGCUUCCUUAUUCCUUUGUUUUUCCUGAUGUUUACCAACCAUGCUAUUUUUGCUAAGGUGAUGGCCAGCCAUGGUUUGAGUGCAGAGCAGAAAUGUAAAGUCCGUAACCUUGCUUUGGCAGUCAUCUUGUUUUUCCUGGUCUGCUUUGCCCCCUACCACAUCAUCCUUUUGAUACGGGCAAUCAGUUUUCAUUUCACUGACAUUUUACAAAAGGACUGCAGCUUACACCAAGCCCUCUACACACCUUAUAGUAUCUCUUUAGGUCUGUCCACCAUUAACAGUGCUAUUAACCCCAUUCUGUAUGUGCUGGCCAGCGAUAACAUCCGCAAAGAGAUUCACAGAAGCAUGAGCAACCUUUGCAGUGGCAUCUUAAUUAAGAAGCGCAAAAAAAGCAUAGAAACCACGGUCUCCGAAACUCCUGCAAAUAAGCCAUCGGCUGGACUGUUACAAGAGAAUCCCAGUGGUGAGAAUGAUUCACAUUACCGUUACCCUGAAUUCACUCAGGUGUGA